AUGUAUGCUGACAUGUAUAGGAACCGCACUCGACAUAGUGUAGGCUCUGAGCCAUUGAGGCACCGCUUCAGUAUAGCCUCGCUACGGGGAAUCCAGCAGCCUGAGUUGAGCAAGGACCUGUUCAAGGUGAUCAAGACCGAAGGCCAUGCUGUCAACUCAUACAAGAAUGCAGGCCAGGACCGUGUGCUGGCGGCCACUCAGUUGUCGAACUGGGGUUUCAACACAGAAGACCCGGCAGUCUCUGAUAUAUCAGACAAGCUGGGGAUCAUUUUGUCCGAAAUCGGCGAGCAGGAAGACCUGUACUCAUAUAACCUGGAGGACGCAAGGUGUAUCCUGAAACAUAUUAGGAACACAGAGGGUUCUGUCCAGCCUGCAAGGGAUCACAAGGCGAAAAUUAUCGACGAAAUCCACAAGCAUAAGCUCCGUGAUCCGGAUGGUGCAAAAGUCACUGGCCUAGAGCAGGAGCUUGUCCGAGCUGAGGCUCGCGCUCUAGUUGCAGAAGCCCAGUUGACGAACAUGACCCGCCAAAAAUUCAAGGAGGCCUUUGACCUGCACUUGGCUGCCACCAUCGAGCGGGCCGAGAAACAGGCCCAGCUUGCCCGUCACGGCCGACGUCUCCUUGCUCUCAUCGACGAUACCCCGGUCGUCCCUGGAGAAGGCAGGGAGAAGUUUGACCGCCUUGAAGACAGCCGUCAGAUAAUGGAAGAUGCUGAGGCAGAUCUCACGUCGUGGGAGCCUAACCUCGAACCGGUCCCCAUGGCCUCCGAAGGGCUUAUCCCCAAGAAGAUUGAGGCUCAUGCGAACGGAAACGGCGUCAAUGGAAGCGGAGUCAAUGGCAAGGCAGUGGAGGAGAGCGAGAUCUAGGAGAUCUUCUCCUGUUUUAUGGGGUCAAAAAGGGCAUAGCCAUAUAAUGCUGGAGUCAUCGCCCUGUCUUGGAUUGGUGCUGUUGUUGACAACUAGUUAGUUAGUCGAUGCUCAUAAUAUAUAUAAUUAGGAUGUCCCCUACCUAUUUUUCCAGCCGCAUCGCCGUCUCUCCAUCUCUCCAUCGCUUCAUUAUCCCUCCUUGACUGCUUGUCUUCGUCUGCC